GCAGAUAAAAAGUAAAUAGGAAUAGUAAAAUGGAUCGCCACACAAAUAAGGAUCGCUCCCCAUUCAAAGGCAGUCAUAUGGAACCAUCUACACGCAAGGAGAAAAGAACGGAAAGGAAUAAUGUGCUGACCUACAAGAAACUGCGGAAAAUGCCACUCAAUUUACGCAAACAGGCAGUUCGAGAGGCUCGCAAUAGAAACGAACCAAUUCUCGGAAAGAAAAAGAAGCGGAAGACAAAUCCCCGGUUUUUUAGGACUGCCCGCCGCCUGCGGAACGACUUUGAUCGAUCCGAACACAAAGCCAUGUUGGCCAGCACUUCCGAGGAGCUACGACGCAUCCUGCAGGAUGUUGAGACUCUCUCGGACAUUCCGCACGAUAUAACAAACGUCGAACUGCAAGGGGAGAUAGCCAUCGCCGAGGGACGGGCCACAACGAUCUAUGUGCAGCGAGAUGGACUCAGCACCCUGACAGUGGUGCUCCACCAGCACGAGCCCACGAUCGCUCAGCUGAAGAGGGCAAUUGCUUUGAUCUCACGGGCCCAGCACAAGCGCAGCCAACGCGAGCGGUGCGAAGAGCGUCUUCGUCGUCGGGGAAUCGCCGACGACUCCGACGAACGACGGCAACCAGUUGCGGUGGCCAGCUCCACCGGCGAGUUAGUUCACUCCGCUCAGCGCAACGGGCAUGAUCAUCGCGCGUUCGUCUCGUGGCGGUUUCUAUGGCGCUGUUUUGGACUGCUCAACGUGGACACGAAUCAGCCGAUCGACGACCAACGCUCCAGCGGCAGGGCUACUUUAAAGGAGCUGGGCAUUGAGAACGCAGCCACCCUAAAGUUCGUCCAUCGCGUCAAGUAUUUCGGUCGCCAGCGACAGAGUUGAAGACAGUCAAAACCAAUGAUAGUACCUCAAACAAUUGUCAACCAACCGAUUGGAAAGUCGGGCAGCAAAUCGCGGUUAAUAUGGAUCAACUGGUUUGGCUUUCGUUUUGCAUUUCAAUAGGCUUUUCGCUCCUGGGAAAUUUCUCCACUGGCCUGCCGUUCGAGGAUGGCAAUAAUAAUAACGUUAAAAUUACCCGCCGGAGCUUGGAGCUUACGCAAACCAUUAAUAUACAACGCCAGGAGUUCAUGCAGCGCCAAUGCGAGCUGCUCGGCGACCACACACAAACUUUGGAGGAUCUCAGCGAGCUGCAGAUGGACCACAUGAUCGUGGACAAAGAGCACAAGCUGUUAUACUGCUAUGUGCCUAAGGUUGCCUGCACAAACUGGAAGCGUGUGCUAAUGAUGCUCACAAAUAAGUGGCACAACGGAACCGAUCCCCUCCAGAUUCCCGGAUCCCUGGCCCACUCCGUGGGCAUGUUCACUAAGCUCUACGAUCUAUCCGAAGCGGAACAGCAACAGGUUCUCAGCGACGAGUAUACGCGAUUUAUCCUGGUGCGACAUCCGCUCGAGCGUCUUCUCUCCGCCUAUCGAAAUAAGUUGGAGGGGGAUUCCCCCAGUGCCCGCUACUUCCAGUCGCGCGUUGGGCGCCAAAUCGUGAAAGAGCUGCGCCCGGGAGCCAGCAACAAUUCGUUGGAACGCGGCGAUGACGUCAGCUUUGGGGAGUUCAUUCAAUAUCUGGUCACCCCGGAGCUGAGUCGAGCCAAUCAGUCGGACUACAACGAGCACUGGGAGGUUAUAGCCAAGCUGUGCAAUCCCUGUGUAAUGAAGUACAACGUAGUGGGCAAAUACGACACUCUCUUGGAUGACUCCGCGUUGGCUCUCUACCUGGCUGGAGCCGACAAUCUAACAUUCCCCACUGGCCACAAACCGUCGAGCACUCGAGCCAAUCUGCGCAACUAUUUCGAUCCCCUGCCCAUCGGUGCCAUACGCAAGUUGUACGAUAUAUAUGAGGAUGACUUUCGACUCUUUGACUACGCACUGGACGAGGUACUCGGCUUUGAGUUUGGCUAAUUGUGAAUGAAAAGCUGCUCUCUCAAUAUCCCCAAGUCACCACCAUAACGCUUUCCACUGGAAAAGAUUGUGAUUUUAGGCUAGGACUUGUAGAUUUAGGUGCACUCCCAUGCGAAUAUUAUUUUUGUUCUGUAUACAUACCUUCCCGCGCACAAAUGUUUCCAAGGGUUUUUGACUGUAAAACUUAGUUAUAAUCAUUAAUGUUUCAUCCUCUAAGGUUUAUAUAUAUUAGGCAAUUCAAAUUGUCAAUCGAUUAGUGUUAAAUUAUUACAUUAUUAAAUACAUAGUUGCAUU